AUGAGGCGACCCAGACCCAGACACAACACCACCUCGCUGCCCCGAAAUCUUCGCGCGGAGCUGGGCAUCAAAGACCACUACGGUGAGAGAAAGAAUAAGCGGAACGGACCUGCGACGCGCAAAGACCAACGUCGAGCGGAACGAGCAGAAAAGAAAGGAAAGCGAGGGCCCCCGUCCAAAUCUUCUGGUAGACGGUCCCGCGAGGACGAGGAGGAAGACGACGACGACGACGACGACGACGAUGAAGACCUUGCGGGUCUUGAGGACGGGUCCGACUUCGACGUGGAUCUAGCGGAAUCGGACGAAGAUGAUGUCGCUCCGCCAAAGUCGAAGAAGGCGAAGACGGAGACGAAGCCGAAGUCGAUACUGAAAAAGACCAAGGAGGUUCAGCAAUCCGAUUCGGAGGACGACGAGGAUGAGGUGGAAAAACGGCCGCGCAAAGUUUCUAGCGCGGUGCAGGAGAAGUUAAAUGAAGACGAUGCAGAGAUCGCGGCGCUGGAGAAGAAGCUGGGGCUGAAGAAGGGGAAGAAGCUUCCGAAGUCGUUUGAGGAGGACGGGCUGCUGGACCUGCUAGGAGAAAUAGACGACGAGUCGGCCGAUGAAAGCCGGAAGCGCAAACGGGAGGCUGACGAAUGGCUGCAGAAAAAGAGAAGAAAAGCCCAAGGUCUUGAGGUAGAGGAGGACUCGGAGGAGGACGAUAGUGAUUUAGGAAGUGACGAAGAUAUGGAAGACUUCGAUGAAGAAGAUAUGUUUGACGAGUCGGACGAAGAUGAAGACGAGGAGGGCGACACGGGCGAGGACGAGAAGCCGGCCAAGAAGCGCGAAAAUCCCUAUGUUGCGCCUGUCGCUCAAUCUGCCGAGAACAAGCCAGCCAAAUACAUCCCCCCAUCGUUACGAGCUGCUUCUACCUCUGAGUCCGAAUCACUCACACGGCUGCGGAGGCAGGCUCAAGGUCAACUGAACAAGCUAUCGGAAGCCAACCUCGUCUCGAUCCUCAAUGAAUUUGAAAAGCUCUAUCGCGAAUAUCCCCGUCAGAAUGUCACGUCGACGUUGCUGACGCUCCUCUUUGGUUUGGUGUGUGAAAGAUCCGCUUUGCAGGAUACGUUCGUCAUCCUGCAUGCGGGCUUCAUCGCUGCACUGUACAAGGUCAUUGGGAUGGAUUUUGGCGCCGAGCUCGUACAAAAGCUGGUUGAAUACUUUGAUGCGGCUGGUGAUGAGCGCGACAAGUUCCAAGGGAAGGAGAUGAUCAACCUCAUCUCGCUCCUUUCGCAGCUUUACAACUUCCAUGUCGUAAGCAGCACGCUGGUCUUCGAUUACAUCCGAUUGUUUCUACAGGAUAUCAAUGAGGAAAACACAGAGUUACUCCUCAAAGUCAUUAGAAAUUCCGGACCUCAACUUCGUCAAGACGACCCAUCCUCCCUGAAGGACAUUGUUCUUCUCAUCCAGCCGGCAGUCGCGAAGAUCGGCGAAGAAGCCCUGUCAGUGCGUACAAAAUUCAUGAUUGAUACCAUCACCGACCUCAAGAACAACCGCUUGAAAUCCGCCCCUGGCUCGACGAUCGCAUCAGAGCACAUCACCAAGAUGCGGAAAAUUCUUGGAUCGUUGAACAAUUCCCGAGUCCUUCGUGCCACAGAGCCCAUCAGCAUAUCUCGGGAGGACAUUCACAACGCCUCGAAGAAGGGUAAAUGGUGGCUUGUCGGUGCCAGCUGGAAGGAGGAUCCUCUGGUCUCUGCGCGUCAGGAACUAGCCAAUCUCCCGCUCGAUAACAAGCAAGCUGUGCCGGACGAUGACAGCGAGGGCGAGCCUGAUCUAGCAAGCAUCGCCAAGGCGCAUCGCAUGAACACUGACAUCCGACGAUCGAUCUUCGUCGCCAUCAUGUCUGCAACAGACUACCAGGACGCACACGUGCGCCUAUUGAAACUCCGGCUGAAACGCACGCAGGAAUAUGAGAUCCCCCGCGUCCUCACCCACUGCGCCAUGGAAGAGGAGGCCUACAACCCAUACUACACCUUGAUCGGUCGCCGGCUCUGCGGCGAGAUGGGCCGCCGCAUGAAAGUCUCAUUCAUGUACACCCUAUGGAACGCCUUCAAGCGCAUGGGCGAAGCCGGCGACAUGGACGACGACUCCGACGGCGGUUUCGGCGAAGACGAGGCCGACGAGCGCAACAAGCUCCAAAUGAAAUCCAUCGUCAACCUGGCCAAGAUGUACGGCAGCCUGAUCGCGGACAACGCCCUGACACUCAGUGUGCUAAAGACGCUCAAUUUCGCCUACGUACAGCCCAAGACCAAGGCCUUCCUUGAAAUCCUCUUCAUCAGCAUCAUCCAGCAGUCGCAGAAGUCGAAACGCUCCAAGAAGAAGAGCAAGAAGACGGAUGGGGAGGAGGAAGCUGCUCGGGAUGAGAAACCGCUCAUCGAGAUCUUCAUGCGCACGCGAGAUACGCCGCAAAUCGUCAAGGGGUUGAUUUUCUUCGUGCGGAAGGUGGUCUCGAAGACGGAUCUUGUCGAGUCUGAGAAGGACCGGAAGUUGGUGAAGUGGGGAUGCAGUGUUGCGCUGGACGCCUUGAGGGUCGUUGCCAAUGAAGACGGUGGACUUCCGUAA